AUGCGCCACCACUUCAUCCUUAUAUCCGAUGUUUAUUCAUCAAAGAUUCGAAGGACAUCCAUCGAAGCAAGGUGGGUUGAUCUGAAUUUGUGUUUGAAGUUCUGGUUCGAUUUUCCUGUGGGAUUGUGUUUCAUUUGGAUAAAGAAACAAGAAAUAGAAGCAAUGAAAAGAAAAAAAAAUCAAUGGUUUCUCCUUCACAGUUCUCCCUAUAUAAAAUCCUUUCUCUCUUGGCCCUAAACCGCUAAAAUCGCACCUUGAAACCCCAAAUGCCACCCUUAACACCAUAUGGGUCUAUCUCUAUCUCUGUUAACCUUCUCUCUGUUUGUUAUAUGUGUUUACCUCUAUGUGUAUGUGUGUAUAUGCCAAUGAAUUGUGUAUAUGUGUUUAAGUUUGUGUGUUUAGAUUUCAGUAUGCCAUUAUCUUUACAAAUUGUGUGUUCAUCUGUCUGCCUUUCAGUCUUUGUGUCAUCUGUGAAGGGUUCAGGAAUGCAUAAAAACCAUGUAGCCACCUGGUAUGAUUUCAAAACCUUUCUUCAUCUUUUUAUUUUAUUAUCGUUUCUUAUUUUACCUUCUCUGAUCUUCACCCAUAUAUCACUUGAAUGUUUUUGUGAACACAUGUAACUAAGGGCUCUUACUUUGCAACACUUACCUGACCAACAUGAUUCCUAUUAGCAAUAUUUUCUGGUGGUUGUUGAUAUCUUUAGUUUUUUCGGCAGAUCCCACCAUAAAUGAUCUAUCGAGGUUAUGCUUUAUAUAGUUUCUUUUGUGUUUAUGUUAAUGAGGUUUUUAGAAAAUUUCAAGGUUAAGGUUCAUCUUAAGCUCUAAAAAGAUAAUAAUGUAAGGGCAAGAGCAGAUUUUUAUUGUUUAUUUCAAAAUUAAAGCAGUUGUAUAAAAUGAGCUGUAAUUAUCUGGAUGUAGGACAUAUGGUGGUCAAAUGAAGUUGUGUACAAGGUACGAUGGAUGUGAGAGUAGUAUACGAAAUCUACAACAGGUAAGAUAUCCUCAUAAAGCUCCAAUUUGCAUGUUCCAUAGCUCCAAUCUUCAAAAAGAGCUUCACACUUUCCGAUAAUUUCAAGUUAUAGCAAGGUAUUUCUAUUU